GAACGUUAUCGGGAAGAUCCAAAGGGAAUGUUUAUGGGAGUUGUGCACUCCCAGAAAAAGCAAAAGCCUGUGAGAUUCAGCAGAGGCCAGAGGAAAACUUCAGUAGCCACUCAGACCUUAUAACCCGCAACAGAAUCCACUUGGAAGGGAGAUGCUACACAUGCCAUGAGUGUGGGAAAAGCUUCAGUCGGAGCUCAGACCUUCUCGUACAUCGUAGAAUCCACACAGGAGAGACGCCCUACACAUGCGCUGAGUGCGGGAAAAGCUUCAGUCGGCAUUCAAACCUUAUCACACAUCGUAGAACCCACACAGGAGAGAUGACCUACACAUGUGCUGAGUGCGGGAAAAGCUUUAAUCACAGCUCUACCCUGAGCGCACACAGCAGAAUCCACACGGGUCAGAAACCUUAUGGAUGCUCUGAGUGCGGGAAAAGCUUUAAUCGGAGCUCUGCCCUGAGCACACAUAGGAGAAUCCACACGGGUGAGAAACCUUAUGGAUGCUCUGAGUGCGGGAAAAGCUUCGGUCAGCGUUCACACCUUAUCUCACAUCAAAGACUCCACACGGGAGAGACGCCCUACACAUGCUCUGACUGUGGAAAAAGCUUUAAUCAGAGCUCUGCCCUGAGCAGACACCGGCGAAUCCACAUGGGUGAGAAACCUUAUGGAUGCUUUGAGUGUGGGAAAAGCUUCAAUCGGAGCUCACACCUGAUCACGCAUCAGCGAAUCCACACAGGAGAGAAGCCCUACACAUGCGCUGAGUGCGGGAAAAGCUUUAAUCACAGCUCUGCCCUGAGCACACAUCGGAGAAUCCAUACGGGUGAGAAACCUUAUGGAUGCUUUGAGUGUGGGAAAAGCUUUAGUCAGUGUUCAAACCUUAUCACACAUCGGAGACUCCACACAGGAGAGAUGCCCUACACAUGCGCUGAGUGCGGGAAAAGCUUCAAAAAGAGCUCACAUCUUAUUAGACAUCGCAAAAUCCACAUUGGAGAACUGUUACAAAUGCCUUGAUUAGGGCUGGGAAAAGAUUAAAAAAAAUCACAUUUGCUAAUUCUCACAUAGUGAU